AGCCCUGCCACGUGGCGCCCUUAGCCCGAGACCUUCAAAGUCCAGCCUGAGAGACGCCAGACGCCCUCACUCUGAGGGGCCCAAACCCCCUCAGCAUCGAGGGGCCCAUGUCCGCCAACCCGGGGGACCCACAUCUCCUGACCCCAACGCCUGGACCCCCAAACAGCCCGAAAACCCCAGUUCCCCUCGGCUCGGGGCCCCCAACCUGCAGCUCGCCCGGAAAAACCGAAUCUCCCCAAACUCAGAGACGCUAAACGCCGUCGUCCUGGAAACCGACUCAGUGGUCUCAGGGCCCUGCGACCAGCUUUCCUGUGUCACCACCCCAGGCAGGCCACCAAGCUCCAGGAGGAGGACCCUGAGGACUCUGAUGAAGAAUGGGCUCCAAGGCAGCAAGUGAAACCUCCUGAAACAUGGCCUUUAGAAGGGAACAGAGUAGACACCAGAAGGCAACAUCCAGGGUGCCAUUAAGCAAUGAAUAUAGUUUGAAGGAAUUGUCAAGAACAGCAAAUUUCAUGACUGCAAGUGACUCAGAGCAGGCCCAGAAACCAGUGUCCUCUCCUGGAGAAACACGUGCCUUUGGAAAGCACACUAGACAAAAAUCGGAACUCAGGAGAAAGGAGAUGGACGUGAAGAUGUACAGCCUACAAGAAAGAAAGGACUGUGUGUACCAAGAGGUCACCGAGCCCCAGGAUGAUGACUACCUUUAUUGUGAGAACUGUCAGAACUUCUUCAUCGACAGCUGUGCUGUGCAUGGGCCCCCUGCAUUUGUAAAGGACAGUGCAGUGGACAAGGGGCAUCCCCACCGCUCAGCCCUCACCCUCCCCCCUGGGCUGAGAAUCGGGCCAUCCAGCAUCCCUGAGGCUGGGCUUGGAGUGUGGAAUGAGGCAGCUGAUUUGCCAGUGGGUCUGCACUUUGGCCCUUAUGAAGGACACAUCACAGAAGAUGAAGAGGCAGCCAAGAGCAGAUACUCCUGGCUGAUCACCAAAGGGAGAAACUGCUAUGAGUAUGUGGAUGGAAAGGACAGAUCCUGGGCCAACUGGAUGAGGUUUGUGAACUGUGCCCGGGAUGAUGAAGAGCAGAACCUGGUGGCCUUUCAGUACCACAGGCAGAUUUUCUACCGAACCUGCCGUGUCAUUAGGCCGGGCCAUGAGCUGCUGGUCUGGUGCGGGGACGAGUAUGGCCAGGAGCUGGGCAGCAAGUGGGGCGGCAAGUGGAAAAGAGAGCCCGUGGCCGGAAGAGCAGAACCAAAGCCAGAGGUGCACCCAUGUUCCUCCUGUUCUCUGGCCUUCUCCAGUCAGAAAUUCCUCAGCCAACACAUGAAACUCAAUCAUCCCUCUCAGAUUCUCCAGGGAACAUCUGCAAGAAAACAGCUCCAAGCAGAGGAACCCUGUCCAGAGGAUCAGAAUCAGCAGCGGCAACAUACUAGUACGCACAGCUGGAAUGAUAAAGCUGAAGGUCAAGAGGUCAAAGAAAGGUCCAAACAUUUGCUUAAAAGGAUCAGUCAAAGGAGAAUCUCAAAACCCUUUUUCCAACCGUCCAAAGAACAAAUGAGCUCUAGUGAGCAUGAGAGAAUGAUGGAAGAAGAGCCCCAAAGAGGCCAGAAAGAGAACCCAGAGGACACAGGCAAGUUCUUUGUGAAAGGAGGAAUGUCACAAAUUGUAACAAUCGAGCAUGGAGGGUGUUGGCAAGGCUUCAGUGAUGGGUCACAUCUCAUCACACAUCAGGUGACACAGUCUGCAGAGAAGCCCUAUGUUUGCAGGGAGUGCGGGCGAGGCUUUGCAUGCAAGUCAGAUCUCAUCACACACCAGAGGACACACUCUGGGGAGAAGCCCUAUGUUUGCAGGGAAUGCGGGCGAGGCUUUACAUGCAAGUCAGAUCUCAUCAGACACCAGAGGACACACUCUGGGGAGAAGCCCUAUGUUUGCAGGGAGUGUGGGCGAGGCUUUACACAGAAGUCACAUCUCAUCACACACCAGAGGACACACUCUGGGGAGAAGCCCUAUGUUUGCAGGGAGUGCGGGCGAGGCUUUACAUGCAAGUCACAUCUCAUCACACACCAGAGGACACACUCUGGGGAGAAGCCCUAUGUUUGCAGGGAGUGUGGGCGAGGCUUUGCAUGCAAGUCACAUCUCAUCACACACCAGAGGACACACUCUGGGGAGAAGCCCUAUGUUUGCAGGGAGUGUGGGCGAGGCUUUACAUGCAAGUCACAUCUCAUCACACACCAGAGGACACACUCUGGGGAGAAGCCCUAUGUUUGCAGGGAGUGUGGGCGAGGCUUUACAUGCAAGUCAGUUCUCAUCACACACCAGAGGACACACUCUGGGGAGAAGCCCUAUGUUUGCAGGGAGUGUGGGCGAGGCUUUACACAGAAGUCAGUUCUCAUCACACACCAGAGGACACACUCUGGGGAGAAGCCCUAUGUUUGCAGGGAGUGCGGGCGAGGCUUUGCAUGCAAGUCACAUCUCAUCACACACCAGAGGACACACUCUGGGGAGAAGCCCUAUGUUUGCAGGGAGUGUGGGCGAGGCUUUACACGCAAGUCAGUUCUCAUCACACACCAGAGGACACACUCUGGGGAGAAGCCCUAUGUUUGCAGGGAGUGCGGGCGAGGCUUUACACAGAAGUCACAUCUCAUCACACACCAGAGGACACACUCUGGGGAGAAGCCCUAUGUUUGCAGGGAGUGUGGGCGAGGCUUUACAUGCAAGUCAGAUCUCAUCACACACCAGAGGACACACUCUGGGGAGAAGCCCUAUGUUUGCAGGGAGUGCGGGCGAGGCUUUACACGCAAGUCACAUCUCAUCACACACCAGAGGACACACUCUGGGGAGAAGCCCUAUGUUUGCAGGGAGUGCGGGCGAGGCUUUACAUGCAAGUCAGAUCUCAUCACACACCAGAGGACACACUCUGGGGAGAAGCCCUAUGUUUGCAGGGAGUGCGGGCGAGGCUUUACAUGCAAGUCACAUCUCAUCACACACCAGAGGACACACUCUGGGGAGAAGCCCUAUGUUUGCAGGGAGUGUGGGCGAGGCUUUACACGCAAGUCAGAUCUCAUCACACACCAGAGGACACACUCUGGGGAGAAGCCCUAUGUUUGCAGGGAGUGUGGGCGAGGCUUUACAUGCAAGUCACAUCUCAUCACACACCAGAGGACACACUCUGGGGAGAAGCCCUAUGUUUGCAGGGAGUGCGGGCGAGGCUUUGCAUGCAAGUCACAUCUCAUCAGACACCAGAGGACACACUCUGGGGAGAAGCCCUAUGUUUGCAGGUUGAGUGAGUGAGUCAUUAGCAUUAAGUCACAUAUCAAUAGCCAUAGGAUGUCCACAGCCCCUUACUCUCCCCAUGAUUGUAAUUAGUAUAGAAGUAACUGGUUAAACAAACCUUCCAGUUUCAUUACAAGAGAUGAAAUGGACAAACAAUUCCAUAGUGAUAUGGGGAUGUCAGCACCAAACUCGUUCAUGGUUUUUUGACCUAUUCUAAAAUGUUUUGUCUCCAUACACAUCUCUCAUUUUCCCCAUCACUGAAAGCAGAGGAUUCCUAAAGAGCCACAAAGAAGUCAUACUCUCAGCCACAGAAAUUCAAUUCCGACAAAUGUGUAAAUGUGAAAUCAGUGUACUUUCGUUACUCCAGAAAGAGAGGGAUUUGAGACAGACUCACCCAGGAAGGUAAUUCCCCAGUCUCCUGGAAAGGGCCUUUUCUCCUAAUCAGCUCCAUACUUCUCCCUUGCCUUCUCUUGGCUCUUCUGGUUUCCUACAACCUCUGGAGUCUCAGAGAUGAAUGGCAGGGAGAGAUGGAUGCUUGUGCAUGGACAUGAGCUGCUCAGUCUGGGUUGGUCUUCCUCACUCUCCUUGCUCCCUUUUCAGGGUCAGUAUUUCCUAGUGCACAGCAUACAGAUUCCACAUCAGUCCAUACUUGGUGUGAGUCUCAGUUCUGUCUCCUCCAGCAGUGUGACCUAAGGCAAGAUUCUCAACUUCUCUCUGCCUGCUUCCUAGUCUGUGCAAUGGAAAUAGGAAUUCCAGCCUUUUGGUUUGACAUUCAAAGUUGAGUCAGCACAGACAGAAUCUAGCAAGAGGAUCGCUGACAUCGCAAGCCCUACUGAACAGCCUUCAGUGCCCAUGUCUUCCUGGUCUUUAGUGGUGGACAAAGGAAGAUUAGGACAAGGGUGUUUAACCAAAUUCAGAAUUUGAGCAGACCCCACUGCUUUCCCCACACAGACUGAAUUGCCCUGAGAAGGAAGCCUGAGGUUGGGGAGGUGCCUCCCCCUGAUCACCACCUUCUCACUGAGCCUGGGCAUCCUCAGAGCCUCCUCAACACAAGCAGGUGGUGCUGAGAGUGAGCUGUGAAACAAGACCCUCACCCACCCCUUGCUGAGAACUGACACUGGGAACAGUACCUGCCUGCACUGGUGUGUUAGAUGGUGAGCCAAGGCAGGGAGGACGAGGAAGAUGGGUGUCACCCAAUGACUCAGCAGUCCUGCGCCUGGUCCAAUUCCAUUGUCAGAUGUUCCAGCAUCACAAGAAACACCAUGCUAACACGUUGAAAUUCUAGCUGAUGUUUCCACUAUCUGGGAAAGAAAGGCUUUCAAAGUGUAUUCAUCCCAAGGCCUAGAAGAUGGAAGGGGGUCUACAGCACUCAAGGAAAGACCCGUAAAACAAAUCUGGUUAAUUCCUUACCUCUGUCCACUAUCUUUUAUGAGAGGGUCUCUAGUGCUUACAGAAUGAGCCCAUUGUUAGCUUUGGGUAACUGCCUCAACUUAAACUGUCUCCUGUCAUUCAUCUAUUUUACAACAUGACCAAGUGGGAUCAGAAGCAAGAUAAGGAUUCAGGGUAACAACCCCCACACAUACCUAUGUUUGGGUAGUCCAUCCCCUUGGAAGCUGGCACCACUUUUACCCACCAACUAUAUAAGUCCUUAGGACAAAGGCCCUGGUGCUCUUACCUUUCACCCCCACCUCAGCAAGACCUGUCCUCUCCCAUGAGAAUGUGUCACUAAUAACCCCUGCUUGCACAGCAAUACACUUGAUGACCUGUGAUCCCUUACUGCGUUGGCAGGAGCUGAGUUUCUCCUAUGACAGGUGCACCCAAUCUGCACAUGGCAUUCAUGAAGCCUGCAACACAGCAAGUUCUGUAAUGCACCCUCCUUGUGCCUGGGCCCCACAGAGUUUAAUGCACCGCUGACACCAUCUCAAAAUUAUUACUUAUUGUAUCUUUGAACUUGUUUGUGAAGUCUCAUGGGAUAAUAGACAUGCACAAUGUUGGUCAUUCCUGGCCACCCGUCCCCAGGUAAUGUCCACAAUGGCCCAGGAGCACAAAAUUCCCAUGGACCCAAUGGGUGGGAGUCCAACAAGACUCAAGGUGAGAACAGGGUAAACAUCUACAUCUGCAUAAACAUAAGGAAGGGUGCCAACAGCUCCCAGAGGCCACACUUUUCUAAGAACCGGAGCUGAGUUCAAUACACAGAGAUGUCAAACAUUUAGUGAGGACCCCAUCAGACCCUCUCCUGCGUCAGGGAGACCUACCCACGACCCACCCCAUUUCUGCUGCAGUGGGUUCACCAAAGGGGGACACAAACACAAAUCCCCAUGACCUGGAAGGAUGAUCUCCGUGCCGCAGAUCUAAAGUUCACCAGCUCGAUUAUCAAUCCGGGCAUGUGCCUGAGUUGAAGGUUCAGUCCCCAGUUGGGGGCAUGUGAGAUGCAACUAAUAGAUGGGGUUUUUUUUUCUCUCUUUCCCCUUCCCAUGCCCUGUUUAAAGUAAGUAAAAUCUUUUUUUCAAAAAGACACUUGAACAACAGGAAAGUAACAGCAUGUUCUUGGAGAGAAAAAUAUAUAAUGAUCUCCAUUUCCCAUGGUUACCUAUAAAUACAAUAUGAUCUAGCUUAAAACAGGAAAAAAUUAUUUUAUUCCUCACCUGAGGACAUGCUUAUUGAUUUCAGAGAGAAGGGAAGGGAAGAAGAGAAACAUCAAAGAGUUGUCUCCCCACUGGGCACAAAACCCACAACCUAGGCCUGUGCCCUGACUAGAGCUUGUACUACAACCUUUCGGUUUAUGGAAUUAUUAUGGGAGAAACUAAGUUCUCUUUGCUGAUGCAGUAAAGAAUUGCAGAUCAGCCAAUCUAUUCAUGAGCAAGCAGGGUUUACUAGUGAUACGUUUUCAUGGAAGAGAACAGGCCUUGCCAAGGUCGGGGUGAGAGGUAUAGAUUCUGGGCAGGGCAAGGUAAGGAUGGCAAUAGUCAAGGGCAAGGGUGGCAAGAGCCUCAGGUCCUUGGUCCUGAGGAAUUAGGUGUUGGCAGGAUCAGGGUGAAGAAGUGACAUAUUAAUUGGUGGGUAAAGGUGGUGCCAGCUUCCAUGGGGGGAAGUAACUACCCAAAUGCAUGUAUGUGUGGGGGUCUGUUAGCUUGAAUGCUUAUCUCAGCCCAGACCCUGUUUGUUCCCCUUGUAAAACAAAUAACGUGACAGGAGCCAGUUGCAGCUUGGGCAGUUACCCAAAAUUAUAAAUUAUUUAUGGGAUUUCUGUAAACAUUAGGUACUCCCUUGUAAAACAGAUGGUGACCAGAAGUAGGCACGUAACCAAAGUUGCCGUGUGGGCUUCUUCUCUGGACACUGCGGAAUUAACACGGUUUAAUUCCAAGGCUUUCCUUCCCAGACAGUGGGAACAAUACAUAGAAUUCCCUCCUCCUGCGCUACCAUGUGUUUCUUGUGAUAUUCUGAACACCUGGCACUAUUAUCAAGUCCAGCUCAGGACGGCUGAGUCAGGGGGUCAGACAUGUCUCCCUCCUCCUUUCCUUAGUUUGCUAUCUUUCCUACCUUACAGGACAAUGCUCCAGCAGACUAAGCCACAUUGGCCAGGGCUCAGCAAAAUUUUUUAAAGUAAAACAAGCUCAGUUUCAGUUUACCUGUUAAAAUAAGGAAGAAGUAAAAGUUGUAUUACAAAGCUGUAGGAAGUACGACAGUGGAUUAAUGCGUCAUGAAUAGACAGAUUGAUGGAAAAGAAUACAGGGUUCAUUAAUAUAUACAGAUACACAUAGAAAUUGUGUUUUAUUUACUUUUUUAAAUUUAUUGACUUAUUUUUCAUUUGGAACAUCUAUCCUUUGCCUCUCGUAUGCUCCCAACUGGUGACCUGGCCCACAACCCAUCACAGGUGGGCACAGGUAACCAGGUUCUUGAUGAUAGCAAACAAGGAAUUGAACAGAACACAGAGAGUUUAUAGCAGACAGAUGGAGAACAGAUUUAUUAAGUGAUAGUACACUGCACAAAACAUGGGAGCGGGCUGACUCCAAACAGAUUGAUCUCAGGAGCUGGAGGGAUUCUAUACUUACAGGGCAAUAUUUCUUGGCUAGUUUUAGCAGGGUUUUAUUGCCCAUGUACAAGUAGUUCUAUUACUUUAAAGCUACUACACAUGUGGUCUCCCAUGAUCUUCCUUGACUGACCACCAGGGAAGGGGGUCCCACAAGUCUGAUUUAUUACAAUGCUAUUAUAAUGAAGCAGGGGUCAUGUAGCAUCUUCUGUGCAGGUGUACUUAUGAUUUGCCAUGAUUCAGUGCUUUUCCAGAAAGCAGGAACAACUGGUCUUAGAACAGGGUCUCUGUCCUGUAUCAGUGUCCUUUCUCUUAGCCCUGGAGCACCUCCAGAGUUUCCUCCUGACCAUCUCCUGCCUCAAACCCAGGUAAGUGCUCUGACUGGGGAUGGAACUGGUGACCUUUUGGUUUGCAGGCAGAUAGAUGCCCAGCCCACUGAGCCACACCAGUCAGAGUCAUUGCUUGAGUCUUGAAUGUGGCUUGACCAGGAAUCAAACCUACAGCCUUAUUGACUUCCCCCCCUAAAAAAAAAAACAA